UUUUUGUUUGCUUAUUUCAAGGCCCGCGUAUCAUACUCCAUUACCUCGGCCAAGACGAUGCCCACCCGUGGGGAACAUACCUUGCCUCAGUAUAUCCUUCACUGGCUUCGAGGUCCCGGUUGGCAUUGGAUACUCUUCUUGGUAUAUGCAGCCUGGUGGGCACAAUUGCAAGAUGCUCGACUCUCGGAACACAAGAAAGGAGAGAAAAGACCUACGACCGACUGGCUCAGAAGAAGAGGGUCUCUUCGCUCAGUUAAAGAUGCUCGAAAUUUGCUCAUUUUCCAUGUCAUUCUUCUUGUCCUAGAGCCAGUCGAAGGAUAUUGGGUCCUGAUAUCUUGGUAUCGCACAUUUUCGGCUAUCUAUUGGAUGCAAGUUCCUGACAGCUAUACAUGGGGUCACACUCUCGUCAAAUAUUGGUGCAAUUGUCUCUUCCCCAUCGGUCUACUAUUCUGGUCCCUGCUAGGCAUUGAUUUGAUGCUACUUACCUGGGCGCAUGUACAAGAGUUAAGGGCUUUAACACCACUGGUUGAAAUUGGGGAAUAUGGGGAAGACAAAGGGAGGAACGAAGAAUAAAGGGAGAGAGGCAAUGCGGCGGAUGCAGAAUUAUGGAAAGGAGGUCCUGUACGUACUAGUGUCAAGAAUAUACUAUCACAAGUAAAGCUUACGAUACUGCAGAAUUGACCAAUCAAUCCCUGAAUAAGAACAGUCG